AGUAAGUAGCUAGAUAAUUUUUGUAGCUUUUUCUGUCUUGAGUAUUAGGUACCUCUUUGUGAAAAACAUUAAAAGUUAUUAAGCACCAGCACUGAUUGUUAUGAAAUAAUUAACCCCCACCUCCACAGAUGUUCUUACAAAACGUGUUAUUAAAUCUUUCUUAUCAAAACAAAAGCUUCAAUUAAUAACCUCGAUCAUAUGAAUAGUUUGUUUUUUUAAAAACAAGAUAACUGAGACAAGUGUAAUCUUGUUUUAUGUUUUGAUGAGUUUGUUAAGUUUAGUAUGGAGUAUAGCUAGCCAGCAGCUGCUUGUGUGAUAGUUGGGAAUUUUGUUUAAUUUUUAACUUUUACUUUCUUUAGGUCACAAGCCUCAGGGAAUUUUACUUUUUGUGACUUUGAGAAGAAUAGUUGCGGAUUUACUGGUUCGAACUGGAUCAGACGUGGUGGAGAAUCCCCAAUGAAAAACACAGGGCCAACUGUUGAUGCCAGUGGUAACUCGUCGGGAUUCUACUUUCACUUUGAUGCUAGAUUGUCACCACUAUUUUCGAUGCAUCCAAUUUCAGUCUUAAUACCCAACCCCAGCAAAAGCAGCAAAGGUUGUUUAAAAUUUGCUUAUCAUAUGAAUGGGGGCAAUACUGGUAGCCUCUCAGUCAUUCUGUCUUCAAGUAAUGUUCCACCUCGAACGGUAUGGCUUACGGCUGGUGAUCUAGAAUCUGUAUGGGAAGAUGCGGCUGUAUCAUUGCAACUGAUUUUGAAGUCCUCUAUUCCUUCUUUUUUUAACUUAACAUUUGUGGCAAUGAAGGGAAAUGGCUCCCGCGGUGAGAUUGCAAUUGACAAUGUCUUGGUGACUUAUGGAUCUAAUUGUGUGGUCGUAGCGAAAGCAACAACAAGAACAACUGCGACUUCAGAGCAAAACACAGAUCUUAAGAAAGUCAUAGCAAUAGCAACUGGUGGUUUUGUGUUUGUACAAAUUAUAUUUUUACUUAUUUGCGUCGUGAUAAGGCGCAAAGUUGUUCAAAAAGUUGAUGACACACCUACUGUUCCAGCAAAUGUUGAGAUGGAAGGCAACGAAGAUUACGAAAUUAUCCAACCUAAUCCUUCUUACUAUGCUAAUAUCCAAGGCUUACAGCUUAAUAAACAUUCUGAACAUGACACGAAAACUACCAAUCCGAAAAAACUUACAGAGGUUGAGAUGCAAAAUACAAUUAACGAAUACACGAGUGUAGACGAUUAAAAAAUCGUUUACGAUGAAACAAUUCUUGCUUAACAUUUAUUUUUGUAAAUUGAAUGCAUUGGCUAGUUGCACUAAGCAAUGGUUCGAUUACCAUAUAUAUAAUGAAGAACUAAAUUUUACUGAUAAAACUGAGAUAGAAUAAUAAUUGAAAACAGAAAAAUUUCAGUUUGAAAUGUUAUUUGCUAAGAUUUUUGCUAAGACUAUUUUAUUUAAUUAAAACACCUUUUUCGGUAGAAUCUCCCUAUAAGUUAGGAAGAUUAUUUUAAGUGGAAAACUUUACUGUGUAGCUUUUAUAUUUAUAAUGAUUAUUUUAUGAUAUUUUACGGAA